AAAGAAAAGCAACAUGCUGGGGAGAUAACUGAGUGAAAAGCUGAAGGCUGGAGAGAUAUCCAGACAUGAUGUCAAAUGAUGACAAUUCAAAUGAAAAAUCAACACCCACUGAAACGGGAAAUAAUGGUAUGCUUGAAAUGCUCCUCUUAUCAUUAAGAAAAUAUACUGUUUUUGCUAUCUGAUGUACACUUUCAGCUCACAUGUGAAUGUCUGUUUGCUCAGGAUCUACGAGUGCGGUCAGAGUUGGGUCCAGAAAUCUUCCACUGUAUCCACUGGUUGUUGUGUGUUUGGGACUGCUGAACACGAUUCUCUUUAUAAGUGCUAUUGUUAUUGGGGUUUACUGUAAGUACAGCCAGAACAUGUUGUAUAUCUGAUUUACUAUUCAAGACCCACUUAGUCAUACACUGUACUUAUCUCUUUCUGGAGACUCCAUGUUUUGUGAAUGGAAGCAAAAACGUAUCUUUUAUUUCUACUAAUCACAGGUGGAAAAGUUAGAGAGGUUUCAACUCCUGACCAUAAUACACAUCACCUCAUAUUUGAGAUCAAGACCAUCAAUGAAAUGCAUACUGAAAUAACCAAAUCUCAGGUAGAAGCCAAACAAGCAUUAGAGAAACAGCUCAGACACCAUCAUCAAAUUCAGCUGCAGAUAGCACAGAACCAGAGCCUCGGUGACCAACUGCAGACACAGAUUGAGGGUCUACUUCUGGAGAAAGCAACUCUGCAGGCCCGGAUAUCUGACAUUCGUGAGAGACUUUUGCGUUUAUUUUUUCAAAAUAAAUUCUGCUAUUAAACCGUUUCUUUUUUAUAUGAUUUUAACUUGAUUUUCAUGUUUUUUUCGACAGAGGGCAGUUGUGAACGAUGUCUGCCAGGAUGGCAACUAAUCAACUCGACCUGCUACUUCCAUUCUAUAUCAGAAACUGCCAUCCCAAAGAACUGGCAAGACAGCAGAGCAGACUGUAUACACAGGGGUGGUAAUCUUACAGUGAUUGAUAACUUGGAGGAGCAGGUGAGUCCAGCGUCAAAUCAAGAUACAAGCAAAAAGUAAGAGCUAUUCCUGAUGAGCUAAUACAUAGUAUUUUGUUUUCAGUAGCACAGUUGAUCAGCUUGCUCUGUCUAUUUCAGUUAAAGCAAAGUAUCAGUUGGUUGGCAUGUACAUUUUUUACUUAUAUCAUAUUAUAUAACAUGUCAUCAGUAGUCAGCUUGGCCUGGUAAAAAAUUGUCCAAAUGUAUACCAAUUAAUACAUACUUGUGCCGUUGUUAAACCCCUGCUGUUGCCUAGUUAAAUCUGAAUGAGUUUCUACCAAAAAUGGAUCGCAGCCAAAAAGGAACCUGGAUUGGUCUGACAUACGUUCCAGUAAAGCGCAGUUGGGUGUGGUUAAAUGGAGUGAUUCUGCACCAUGAGGGGUAAGCACAUAAAAAACAACAGUUACUUAUUUAAAACAGUUACAAAUGAGAUCUAAAAUAGAUCUCACCCACAUCCACAAGCACGUCAAUCUGUUUGCUGAUUCAGAUAUUUUCUUUAGGAAUUAUCGACAAUUGCUGCCAAAAUUACAAGUAUAUAAAGUUAUGAAAUCUAAAUCAUACAGUAAGUUAAACAUGGUGUACAUGGAAUUUUAAGUAUUUAUUUAUUGCUAUAGGUACUGGAACACAAGGCAACCAAAUGAUCUGGGCAUAUCAGGAGGAGCUUGUGCAGCAAUCCUGAACACAAAAACUACUACAAGAACGUGGAAUCAUGCAAGUUGCUUUCUGAAAAAGGAAUGGUUAUGUGAAAUGGAGCCAAACCAGCUGUAGAGAGACUGAUGGUCCAAAUCCAGACAGGGUUCAAGUCUCUCCAUAACAGCAUUCAAGGCCCAAAAAAAUAGCAGGAGGAGACGCAGUUAUAUUCAUUUCUUUUAAGGAUAAAAUGUAUCUUGUCUCUCGAAUAAAUAUGGAGUAUAUUAACGGAGGCUUCUCAAAGCAGUUGUGCUUGAGUUGCUGUCUGUCUUCUGAUUGUAUUUUUAUAUUUAUAGCAUACAUAAAGGACAGUGGUAUUUACUUAUCAAGUUUACACAGAGAAAUUAAUCAAGCCUUUAAAUGUCUAAUCUUUUACUGAGCAUUACCUGCUAAUGACUUUACAUCAACACUGCAUUCAGGAACCACCACCUUUACAGUUCACUAUAAAUACAUCUUUUGGCUUAACUUAAAAUGGAUUGUUUAAUAGACUUUGAUCAAAUAAUGAAAGUAUUAUGUUUAAAGCAGUAUACGUAGCACACUAAUGCCACAGUCACACUUGAUUAUCACCAAAGAUAUGAAUUAUUUCUGUUAGUUUUUUUUCAAUUAAAUAGUGUAUUUGCUUUGACCAGCCACUACCUGCUAAAAACAAUGACACCUUAUCAAAAUCUCUUAGCAUUGGAUUAACAGAGGCAGAAGAAGUAUAUAUUGUAUUUAAGUGCAGAAACUGUACCAAUUUUUUGUGCUGCAUCUUAAAAUAAUACAAUAGAAGUUGUUUUUUUUUCUCCAGAAAAUAAAGAACUUUUGUGGAAAGUU